AUGAGGCCACUCUUUCUGCAUCUCGGCUUGCUGCUGUCCAGUACAACUAUAGCAGCCCCGUUGACUGGUUGCCCACGAGACCCAAAACCCAUCGAUCUAGGCUAUACGAGACACCAAGUGGCCUAUCAGAACCUCACCAACUCAGGCUAUCUAAUCAACGUGUACAAGAACAUCCGGUUCGCAGAACCAGCGGAGAGAUUUCACAGACCUGCAUUUCCGCCUCUCUGGGACGAACCGGGUGUGGUUCGGUCGGGCAAUUAUUCCCAGGACACGCAAUGUGUAAGCGCUGUGCCGCAAGGAGCGGAAGCCUUGUUUCCGGGACUCAACGGCACGGUCUUUGGCAAUGAGGACUGCUUGUUCCUUGAUGUUUAUGUACCAGAUGUACUUUCCUGCCAGAAAUCCACAUCUGCUCUUCACAGUGCUGGCGUUCCAGUGCUGCACUGGCUGCAUGGUAGCGCAUAUACGUUCGGAUCAAAAGAGUUGGGAUUCACCCCAUUGGGACUUUUUGACCAAUUACUUUCGCAAGGGACACCCUUCAUCCUUGUGGUCAGCAAUUACCGCAUGGGCCUCUAUGGCUGGGCAUCCUCCCCGAGUGACGAGACAACGCAGCCGAAUGUCGGACUAUAUGAUGGGCUGGCAGCGUUGAAAUGGUCGGAACGGUAUAUUCACCACUUCGGAGGUGAUCCGAGCAGGCUUACGGCUGGUGGACAGAGCACGGGCGCAGCAAUGGUCGAACUCUUGUCUGCAAGUCCAGAUAGCGUGGAUCUACCCUUUCAACAUGCUUUUUUGUCAUCUCCGGCUUUGUCUCUGAAAGCAAAUGUCACGGAGCGGCGACAGGACGUCUUUGACUCCAUUUUGAGUGCUGCAAAUUGCUCUUCUUUGGUUUGCCUGCUGGAUAUGAACGAAGGGGCGCUACGCGAAAUAAAUCGCUAUCUGAUCAACGAUACCCCGAGUCUUAGCGGAGGAGGCAAUCUUGGGCCAGGCAUUGGAUUCGGGCCAAUAGUCGAUGAAUUCCUUGUGCCUGAACUCCCGAUAGCGAACCCAACUCUCGAUAAGAGCUUAAGUCGGCUCAGAAGCAUGAUCGUCGCCAACAUGGCUAAUGAGGGUGCCAUUACCUCCUCCGAUCGCGAUAUGCCUGAAGCAUUCCCAGAGCUUGUCCGAAGAAUACUUCCCUCCUCGACCAAUGAAAUAAUCUCCACGAUUCAAUCACUUUACCAGUGGCCAGAUGCGGCUCCAGAACAACUCGCUUGGCAAUGGACUGCCGACGCAGUGUUUGCCUGCCACUCUUUAGCCUUGGCAAAAGCUGCGAACACGUCAACUAGGAGGUAUAUCAUGUCGAUUCCGCCUGCGUAUCAUGGUCUCGAUCUAUUCUACUACUUCUUCACAGACGAGGAGACAACUCCCGUGAAAGAUGUGGGCAUUGCACAAUCGUUACAGACGUUGCUCUGGAAAUUUUUAUAUCAAGUCGAGCCUUUGGAGAUUGAUUCCGGUGCCGAGUGGCCUUUCUAUGGCACUGGCAGCUUUCUUAACAUUACUGCUGCGGGCUUGGAAGUUGAACAGCUGGAUGACAAGGAAUCGCGACGUUGUGACAUUAUCAAUAGGAUUAUGGCUGACCCGGAGAAUGGAAUUUGA